CGCGGGCGGGGCUCCGUACCCGGAAGCUGGCGGCGUCCGGUCCCAGCCUUUUCUGGGAGCCGGGAGUUAGAGACCCUCCGCUGAACCGCGCCCCUCCGUCCGGAGCCCGUGCGCUCUCAGGGGGCGUCCGGCCAGAUUAAAGCCAUGGCCAUUCUUUUUGCUGUUGUGGCCAGAGGAACCACCAUUCUUGCCAAACAUGCUUGGUGUGGAGGAAACUUCCUGGAGGUGACGGAGCAGAUUCUGGCUAAGAUACCUUCUGAAAAUAACAAACUAACAUACUCACAUGGCAGUUAUUUGUUUCAUUACAUCUGCCAAGACAGGAUUGUAUACCUUUGUAUUACUGAUGAUGAUUUUGAACGUUCCCGGGCCUUUAAUUUUCUGAAUGAGAUAAAGAAGAGGUUCCAGACUACCUAUGGUUCAAGAGCGCAGACAGCACUGCCUUAUGCCAUGAAUAGUGAGUUCUCAAGUGUCUUGGCUGCACAGCUGAAGCAUCAUUCUGAAAACAAGGGCCUAGACAAAGUGAUGGAGACCCAAGCCCAAGUGGAUGAGCUGAAAGGAAUCAUGGUCAGAAACAUAGACCUGGUAGCUCAGCGCGGAGAAAGAUUGGAACUAUUGAUAGAUAAAACAGAAAAUCUCGUGGAUUCGUCUGUUACCUUCAAAACAACCAGCAGAAAUCUUGCCCGAGCCAUGUGUAUGAAGAAUCUCAAGCUUACUAUCAUCAUUAUCAUCGUAUCCAUUGUGUUCAUCUAUAUCAUCGUGUCACCUCUCUGUGGUGGAUUUACAUGGCCAAACUGUGGGAAGAAAUAAAGACGAGUUAACUAAGGACACACAAGAACAAGAAGUUAAAAGUUCCACGCGACUUAAGCCUUUUAAUACUGACAGAUGGUGUCUGCCAGUCUCUUCAACCCUCCUCUUUCUUUUUUUCUGUUUAUAAUCUUGUUCUAUGCAUCCAAAUUGAUCUCUGUCCUGUCAACCAAUUUAUUCCAAUACACUUCACAUUGAGCCAUG